AUGGAGGGCCAAGGAGCAGAGGAGAAAGGAGGGCGGGGGAAAGAAAAGAGCAAGGAGGAGAAAAGAAAAAGGGAAGGAAGGUGUGCACGGACGCCCUCUGAAGAGGAAGUCGGAAGGGGAGGCGAGGGCGGGCACGGCAAGGGCUGGCAGCCAGAGGGCCAGGGAGAGAGAGAGAGACGGUGGACAGGGCGCUCGUUCGGUCGCAGAGCCAGGCUCGGCUCGCACCUGCCAUUCUCGUCCCCCUCUCUCCGUCCAACCCUCCUCGCUCCCCUUCCCAUCCCUCCCGUCCCCGAGCGCGACCCACCCCACGCCCCCUGCGCGCCGGCCACGGUGGACGAGCGGCGCGGGGCGCAGCCGUGGCCAGCGACGGCGGAUCUCAGGCAAAGGAUCUGCGACUGCGCGCGCGGGCCUAUCUCCGAUCCGCCCCCACCUGAUCUCGUGCUAUCCCGCAUCCGGCACUCCCCGAUCACGCCGCGCCCUCGGGCCCACUUCUCCAAUCGUUCCCUCGAUUCAAAUCGAUCCCGCGCCCUCUUCGAUCCCUCACCAGCCCUUCGCCAUCGGAACCCCACCCCGCCCCCCCUCCUUCCUCCGGCCUGCCACAGGACGCCUGUCACAGGCCGCCUGUCCAUCUCCGUGUCCUCGACCGACGAUGCCCAUCUGGCAGUCCCCUCCCACCCACCCGUCUCACAAGUCACCCCAGCCCCACCCCGUGCACCCUCGCGACACGUACACGUACACCCGCUACGUGUAUUACCCACUCUCCCCCGCGCACACCCACACCGCGCCCCGCUCCACGCCCUCGCGUCCGACGCGCCCGCACGCAGAAAUAGACACACUCCGACUAGCCACACACCUACACACUCUCUUCUCGGGAGAAGCGCGCGAGACGCCCACGCCACACACAAGGCGCGCCGCAAGGUCGUCGAAGCGCGCGCCCGUGGCCCCCGAGGCAAGCCUGUGCGCGCGCGCGUGACCCCAGCAGCCCCCAGAACGCGCGCCCGAACCGCCGCUUCCCUGCUUCUCCCCGCGUCUCCCUCUUUUGCGCGGCCCAACGCAGUCCCAACGCGGCACCCGCCGGCGGCGCACGUCCCCCCUCCCCUGCUGCGCUGCCGUCUGAGCCCGUGCGUUCUCUUCCCUGCCCCCUGCACCCUCGCCGUCACGCCCUCACGCGCGCGGUCCCCUCCCCGCACAUCCGCCCGCACAUCGCAAUCCGCACCCUCCCCACCCCCCGCCCCCGCCCCGCCUCCUCAGCCGCCUAAACCCUCGCCCGCGCCACACACACACACACAGACCUCGCGGCGUCGAGGACCCCGGCCUGGCCGCUUAUCUCCCCAGGACCGAGAGACCUCAAAAGGCUCGCAGCCAGACGCGGCAUGGCGUGGCGCGGUACUUACCAGGCGCAGUAUUCUGUGCACCGCGAUCGGGGAGAAUAGGAUAGGGUGCCGUGCGAUGCGAUACGAUGCGAUGCGAUGCGAUGCGGGCGCGAUAAAGCCCGCUGUGGUACGGGCUGGUGGUGCGGGGGCGGUUUCUGUGGACAGCAAGCCCGCGGCGUUGUUAGCAGUCGGCCGCGAUCAGGCGUCGAUUCGUCGGCCCAAUCUGUCCCAAUAUCAUCUACUGAUCUUUGAUCCUUCGGAUCCUGGCAUCCCGCCGUCCCCAUCGCCGCGCGCACGAGGCUUCUCUUCUCUUCUCUUCUCCCUUCUCUUCUCCCUUCUCUUCUCUCUUCUCUCCCCUUCCGUCUCCCCUUCUGAUUCUAUUUUCUCUGCGCCCUUCUCGCCUCUGCUCCCGAGGGCUGGCUGCCCCCGGCGAGUCUCUGCGCCUUGGGAGCGCUCGCGCACAGCGCCAAGGCGGGUGCGGGCGCGCAGCGCAGCGUUGAUGAGUGAACGGCGCGCGCACACACGUCCGAGGCGCACGAGUCGACGCGCGCGCACGCAUGCAUGCAUGCGCGCGCCGAGCUCCGCUCCGCUCAGCUCAGCUCAGCCCCCCGACUCGACUCGACUCGACUAG